AUGGAGUUUGUGACAGCCGUGGCAGACUUUCAAGCAGGGGCUAGCUGUCCCAUCUGUUUGGACUACUUGAAAGAUCCAGUGACCAUUAACUGUGGGCAUAACUUCUGUCUUUCCUGCAUCACUAUGUCCUGGAAGGACCUAACUGAUACUUUCCCCUGCCCUUUUUGCCGAUUUUGCUGUCUAGAAAGGAAAUUUGCAAGCAACCCCCAGCUGGGCAAUUUGACUGAAAUUGCUAAACAACUCCAGAUAAGAAGAAGCAAGAGGAAGAGACAAGAAGAGAAGCUUUUAUGUGAAAAGCACAAUCAGGUUUUGACUUUUUUCUGUCAGAAGGACUUAGAGGUUUUAUGUCCACAGUGCGGUUUCUCCAGUGAUCACCGGAAUCAUUACAUUUGGCCCAUAGAGAAAGCUGCCCCUUAUCAUCGGGAAAGAUUGGAGUAUUGCAUCGAACCAUGGAAGGAGAGAGUGGAACAAGUUGAAAAAGUGAUAAUUAUGCAAACCAGAAAAUCACUAGAACUGAAGAAGAAGGUAGAAUAUAGGAGAGAAGAAAUAAGGUCUGAAUUUGAACAACUAAUACUGUUUCUUCAAAAUGAGCAAGAGACUGUUCUUCGGCAAUUACAAGAUGAAGAGGUGGAUAUUUUAACAAAACUAAAUGAAAACCUAACUAAAUUUUCAGAUCAUGUUUCCACAUUAAAAUACCUAUUAAAGGAGAUUGAGAGCAAACAUGUGAAGUCAGAACUGGAAUUCCUGACAGAUGUUAAAAGUAUCUACCAUAAAUAUAAAACCUUAAAGAUCCCUGAACCUUUGUCAUUCCAGUUAAAGGAAUAUGGUUACCAUCUUCCUCCACAAUAUUCUGGCCUAAACAAAAUUAUCAAGCGAUUUCAAGUUGAUGUAGUUCUAGAUCCUGAAACAGCACAUCGUAAACUUAUUGUUUCAAGUGAUAGAAAAACUGUGCGGUAUGGAAAUAGAAUGCAAAAUUUGCCUCAUAACCCAAGGAGAUUUUAUCUCUGUCCAGUUGUUCUGGGUUCUGAGGGAUAUAAUUCUGGCAGACAUUAUUGGGAGGUAGAAGUGAAAGACAAAUCUGAAUGGGUCUUGGGUGUCUGUAAAGACUCUAUUCCCAGAAGAAGAAAGAAUCAGAAUCCAUCUAUUUUAAUACAGGAUGGACUGUGGUGUAUCAGGCGAGGUGGUCAGUGUACUUAUGCUGCAUUUGGUCCUAAAAAAAUUAAUCUUCUGCCAAAAGUAAUACCUACUAAGAUUGGCAUUUUUUUAGACUAUGAAUUGGGUGAGGUUUCCUUUUACAAUUUGAAUGAUAGAUCUCUUCUUUAUAUUUUUAAUGAUUAUUUUACAGGUGCGCUUUGGCCUUAUUUCCAUACUGGAACUGACUCAAAGCCUCUUAAAAUCUGUACAGUAACAGAUUCUGAAUAA